ACUCUGGACCACGUGAUUUCUGGGAAAAGGACCUCGGGGAGAAGAAGUGAAACUUAGGGUGGGGACUGUAGAAAGGGGCGGAGAGAUCAGGAAGCUGCCUAGCCAGGAGCCGAGCUGAGGUCAGCAGAGCCCUGGGACAGCCUGCACAGGAGCUCAGGAUGGCAUCAGGCAGGGCGCGCUGCACCCGAAAGCUCCGGAACUGGGUGGUGGAACAGGUGGAGAGCGGGCAGUUCCCAGGGGUGUGCUGGGAUGAUGCAGCGAAGACCAUGUUCCGGAUUCCCUGGAAGCAUGCGGGCAAGCAGGACUUCCGGGAGGACCAGGAUGCUGCCUUCUUCAAGGCCUGGGCAAUAUUUAAGGGGAAGUACAAGGAAGGGGAUACAGAAGGCCCUGCUAUCUGGAAGACCCGUCUGCGCUGUGCCCUCAACAAGAGUACUGAAUUUGAGGAGGUUCCUGAGAAUGGCCAUCGGGAUGGGGCUGAACCCUACAAGGUGUAUCGGCUGCUGCCACCAGGAACCCUCCCUGCCCAGCCAGGGAACGAGAAAUCACCAUCAAAGCGACACUACAGUUCUGUGCUCUCUGAGAGAGAGGAGGAUGAGGGUGCCAAGAAGAACUGUAUACUCAGUCCCUCCUUGCCCCAGGACCCCCUCAAAAAUGAGGAGGUGAGGUCUGAUGGGGGCUCAGGCCAUUCAGACUUCGGGAGCAGCAGCAGCAGCAGCAACAGCCCUGAGCCUCAAGAAGGUGCAGACAAAACUGAGGCUCCUUUCCAAGGAGAUCAGGUGUGCCUGGAGCCUGUGCCCUCUCAAGACUCAGAACCUCGUGCUGACCAGAUGGACCCUUGGGGAGACGCUCUGGUGCAGCUGGCCACAGACUACUCGCUGCUGCUCACCUUCAUCUACAGUGGGCGUGUGGUGGGUGAGGCCCAAGUGCAGAGCCUGGAUUGCCGCCUCGUGGCUGAGCCCUCAGGCUCCCAGUGCGGCAUGGAGCAGGUGGUCUUUCCCAAGCCUGGCCCUCGAGAGCCCACCCAGCGCCUGCUGAGCCAGCUCAAGAGAGGUGUCCUGGUGGCCAGCAACUCCCGAGGCCUCUUCGUGCAACGCCUUUGCCCCAUCCCCAUCUCCUGGAAUGCACCCCAGGCCCCUCCUGGUCCAGGCCCGCAUCUGCUGCCCAGCAAUGAGUGCGUGGAGCUCUUCAGGACCGCCUACUUCUGCAGAGACUUGGCCAGGUACUUCCAAGGCCUGGGUCCCCCACCCAAGUUCCAGGUGACACUGAAUUUCUGGGAGAAAAGCCCUGACUCUAGCCACACCCCAGAGAGUCUGAUCACAGUGCAAAUGGAGCAGGCCUUCGCCCGACAUUUACUAGAGGAGACUCCAGAGGAGCAGGCAGCCACUCUGUCCCUGGUGCAGAGCCUGGGGAGCCCACCCUCCUCCUCCCCUCUCUGUUCCUCCUGUCUCCUUUGAAAGAGACUCAUUCUCCACGUUGUCGACCGGCCUCCCUCACUCAUAAUUGCCUAUGGUUGUCUGUGAUGAUUAUGUCCUUGAACUCCUCACGUACCCUGGCUGGUGGGGAACUCAAGGAUGAUUUUUAUCCUUUUUUUUAUUAUUAUUUUGAAAUACACCCUCCUUCAUCUCUGAGGAACUGAACUGGGAAAGUCCAAAUGGUGUGAACUCAGGGGGCCUUUCCCUCUUCCCCCAACCCUAAAGCCAAGCACUUUAUAUUUUCUUGUUAGACCUUCACUAAAGAUUUGAAAUAAAAUUUUAUUGAAAAA